ACGGUAUCAGCCAGCAUGUAAUGAUGUGGUUUUACGAUAUGUCCGUCAUGAUCUGGCAUGAAUUCACUGUCAGGAAUAACAAAAUGUCAUUAGUCAAUUACAUUAUUUGAGAAAGUUUUUCCGAGGAAGCUGGCAAAAUUUUUUUAAAUGCGGGAUGGCUCAUUUGAAUAAUAUAUUGAAAGCCGUGGAAACGUUAAAUGCGCUACAAGAAUCUGACAUCUCGUCGGAUUCCGGAGCAAGGAAAGAGAAGAUAUCGUGUUGCACGACCAUUGUUGAAGGGAUAUGCUCGCCAACUGUCAGACAGAAUCCCAAGUUUCCACAAAUUCUUACUGCUACCAUUGAAACAUUACUGGUAUUGUGUAAUGACAAUGAAUCGGAUGUCAGGAUGGUUGCGGAUGAAUCUCUUAAUAAAAUUAUAAGGGCAAUGGUUGACAGUAACAUCGUUAAGAUUCAGAUAGAGCUUUACAAUGAAAUAAAAAGAAAUGGACCUGCACGUAUAUUAAGGGCUGCUCUGUGGAGAUUUGGCUUACUAAGUCACAUGAUACGUCCCUCCAGAGGUAAAGCUUACGUAUCAAAUCUAAUACCGUGUGUAGUAAUCAUUGCGCAUCGAUCUGAAGAUACUGUAAUUGAAACAUUAUCGCAGUCGUUACCAUUAAUUUUCAAAGUGUUAGGACCUUUUAUGACAGACAAGGACGUCAAGAACUUGCUAAAAGCAUUCUUUGAAAAUAUUUCCUCUCCUCAAGCAGCUUUUCGUAGGGCAGCGGCAAAUAUGAUCUUGACAACAUGUAUAAAUUGCAGAAAGCCACAGUUCUUUUUAAAUUAUGUAUUAAAUUAUCUAUUAGAUAUAAUGAUGUCAACGAGAAACGCUGAAGAUUAUCCAUCUACUAUUAUAGGCGGGUUCGGCUGCCUAAGAGUGAUCUUACCUUACAUAUGUAAACCUUUAGAGCCUCAAGAUGUUGAAACGCAACAGAUAGAUAGUCUAUUACAUAUUUAUGAAUUGUGUUUGCAUUACACAAAAUGGCAUUCCGAUCAUAAUGUUGUAAAUGCAGCUUUAGAGACCUUGGCGCAACUUUUAAAAAUGCCUCCAAAGCCAUUGGUAUCCGUUUUAUUGUCCUCAAAAGGCAUAACUCAAAGCAAGAUAAUAUUGAAUCAAAAUGCGUGCGCUCCUUCACUGGGUCAAAUAAGUAUUUCUAGUGCGAGUACCGCUUACGGCGGAAAUUCCGAUUCCAUCUUGAUGCACGAACCUGAUGUUCCAGAGAUUACUCCAAAUAUAGAAAAGUGGAUUGCAGAUACAGAAACGAUUUUACCAGCUACGGCUAAUCCACAAACACAGAACGAAUGUGGAGCGAGCGAUGUGGUAGAGAUGAAAGAAAAAAUAUCGGAAAGUUAUUGCGGUCUGAAAAUCGGAGCUAUUAAUAAUGACGAAGUUGUGGAAGAAGGUAGCGAUAUCGAAAGCGAAAUUGAAAAAUCCGAGAAAAUACCGUAUCCGAGCUUGCAAAGUGAACGAUCGAAAGAGGAAGAUUACUCCGAAGAGGCUACUCUGUCUUUUGCUUCCCCUAAGAAAUCUUCUUUGGAUUUCGCAUUAUACGAAGCAGAUGUCGGAAGUUUUACAGACUCGGAUAUGCCUGUCAAGUUUUGUUGCCGUUACCUGGUGUCAUCAUUCUUGUUGGCAGGCAAACCUGGGCAUUUAAUAUCGGACAAAUUAUUUCGUGUUAGCGUCAAAUCUCUCGCUCUAACAUGCGUGGGUUACAUCUUGAAGCUUUACCCACAUUUGUUUACAAUGACUGUGGCCAAAGAGUCAAGCUGCAAUGAGACGAAUCAAUUGAUUGCAGACAUUUUGCUAUUUGCCAAUCAUUCAGAUCCCCAGAUCAGGGGCAAUGUAGCAAUGAUGAUUGGAAUCUUUUUGAAAUCCGUAUUUGUCCAGUAUGGCGGUUCCUUCGAGAACUUUGAAACGGAAUGUUCAAUUCAGAAAGGACAUAAAAGUGUAUUAUUAGGAGACUUGAUAAAGUUACUUUUAAAUGGCUUGAAUGAUGAUUCCGCAACAACUUGUCGUCAAACAUUGGAUGCGUUAAACCUCUGCUUAUCAGAGUUACUAGAUUCCAUCAGCAAUGAGCAUGGUCUUGCAAUCUUGACUAUAUUGCCGAAACUUGUAAAAAAUCCAUAUUUUUUGGUUAAAGUAAAAUUAGUUGACUUGUUGAGUAAAUUGUCUUAUAUUACGAUAGAACACAUAACGGGGCAAUCGUUAUUCCAAGAACACUUUAUCGAUGUUAUAAUAGCGUUAUUAGGCGACCAAGACCAAAGAGUGAGACACGCCGCAUCGGAUGCCAUUGUUAAGAGUAUCCCUUGUUUGUAUUUUCGACAUCCUCAAGAAGAUACUGUUACAAGAAAGGCUACGCAAUAUACUCAACAGUUUCUAAACACUAUAACAUCAAGCAUCUCAGAAUUAUCGUCUUACCAAGAGAAACAUAAACCAUUUGUGAACACAUCUGUCAAGCCCUUUGUAUUUCUGAAUCAUUAUAAUGACGUAAAUUAUGAAUCCAGUGUGGAAUACUCUCUCUCUCAUAUAAUUAACAUUUUAACGGAAAUAUUGACGGUGCAUUCCUCGAAAUAUCUCAUUUACGGAUGCUGCGAAACCCUCUUCCGCUUGAGCGAGACUUACCCAACGACGGUUUACGCGAGAGGAUGGGAUUGUAUUCUAACGAAGACACUGCCGAAAAGAUCUAAGAAGAGUAGUGAUCGAUCGGAUACGAAUGAUAUCAGUUUCGCGAACGAAAUGAUCUCGUCUCCGGUGAGCAACAGUCUCUUAUCAUUGACGUUGCCCUUAUUAACGUCAUCGACCAUUAGCUUGGAUUUGUCCACCCAUCGACAUCUGAUCCUUCUCGCCGGCAAUCUGGCCUCCGGAUUGGCCGUCUGCAAUUUUAAGAUCGGCAGCGAUUCGACGAAACUGUGGAAUAUGUGUAAGGACAGAUACAUGGAAUUGUUAUUAACGCACGUUACGAGAGUUCUCAAUAUCUUCGUCCACGUCGUUGAUGAGGUACAAUUGAUACAGGCCAGCACCAAGCCCGUAUUUUCGUCUUUAUCAUCCACGCAGACGUUGUCGCCCAAAAAGAAGAUAGUGUCGGAGCAAAAGUCGAAAGAGAAGGGGGAGAAGAUCAGUUUGAAAAUCGGAAAAGAGCAUAUGGGAACGUUCAUCGGCGUACCGCAUUACAUGAGAAUAUAUGACAUUCUGAAAGCGGCGCAUUCCAAUUAUUUGGUCACUUUGCAGCACGAAGCCAGCGAAAUGUACGUUUCUCUACUGAACGCGAUAUUGGACGUUCUCUCUCAGAUCCUCGAAAUCGCGUCCGUCAACGAAGCAGGUAAAAUAGCGGAGGAAGUGUUGUGUUAUCUGAAAACUACCGUUGUAUUAUCGCCAACGGCAACUGUUCGAUGCGUGCAACAAUUGUUGAAAUGUUUAUUUGGUACAAAUGUGUGCGCACAAUGGAGCGAGCUGGACGUGCAGAAGAGUACGGAUCGGUGCGGUACGCUGCGAGAUGACAUCGGAGGUUUUUACAAUCAGUGUUUUCAAUAUCCCGCCAGGCAAAUGGCAAACACAAUCAAAUGCAUCGGGAAUAACUGCAGGGGUGAAAACGAGCCGGAUACCGGGUGGAUAGGAUUGUUACGCAGAAAAAGCGAUCGAAAAUUUUCGUCGGUUUUUAAGACUUUAGCGCGAUCCUCGGAUCAAAAGACGUCGGUGGCAUCAUUUAUUCGGCUUUUCGAACCGAUGGUUAUCAAGUCUUUGAAACAAUACACUGUUACGAGUAACAUCGCGUUGCAAUGCCAAGUUUUGAUGUUGCUGAGUCAACUGGUUCAACUCAAGGUCAAUUACUGUCUGCUAGAUUCCGAUAAGAUAUUCAUCGGAUUCGUGUUGAAGCAGUUUGAAUUUAUCGAAGAGGGUCACGUCCAACAGACCGAAGAUCUUUUGCCGAGGAUAUUUAAUUUCUUGGUACACUUAUCUUACGAGAAGAAUCAUUCGAAAGCAAUAAUAGGUAUACCGAAGAUAAUUCAGUUAUGUGACGGCCUGAUGGCAAGCGGACAACCGGCGAUCACGCAUUGUAUACCUGCUCUCGCGCCCGUUAUUGAGGAUAUAUUCCUCAUUCGCAACGGAAGUUCGAGCGUGAUCGAGCAACGGGAAUUGGAAACAACGAGAGACGUGUUAAUAGCCAUGCUGCUGCGUCUGGUAGAGUAUCAUGAAAUAGUCGAGCUUUUGGCGUUGUGUCUAGCCGAGUCCAGAUUCAGCGGUGAUGGUAAUGGCGAGGAGAAAUGGCGAAGAUGGUCCAGACUGACUAUGGACACUGUGCUUCCGAUAUUGGCGGCCGGAAAACUCAAGAUAGAAUCCGAAAGGGCGCAUGUCGCGCUGGUGAAGCUAUUUGCAGCUGUCUCGCCCACGGUUUUCCGACCAGUGGAUCCUCUCCUGAAGAUACUGUUCACUGCGUCGAUAUCCAUGACAGCUUCGAGUCUGAAACUGAAACGAUGGCUGGGCAUGAUCAACAUUGUGCUGCUCUCGUUGAUUUCCUGCGCGAAGGAGGAAGCUAUGCUAGCGCGUCUCUUGGAUCUCAAUGUAGAUGUGACAGACGUGUCGCAUCUGUUUUUGCCAUACCAGUGCUCUGAUUCCUCUUCCUCCUCCCACGAAUGUUCCAUGGAUCCUUUGAAUGUCUUGAGCAUCCAAUCGCGCCAAGUGCCACCUGAACAUAUAUUUGCUAGAUUCAUAUUCAAGGUAAUCAACCUGAUAAGCGCAAAGGUGUUUAAUUUGCUCGGUCUGGUGAAUCACAAGUCCACGGAUCCUUUUGUCGGUUUCUCCGAUUAUACGGCGGACGACAAUUAUCUGGUGCAUCAGUUUGCGUUCUUCCUGCAAUUGUGCAUUCACAUGUUCGAGUCCGGCAGUCAUUGUAAAGUGGCGAAUGCGACAAUGCAAAUGAUUCAAGGUCGCAACGUAUCCGACGAGGAGAAAUUGCUUGUCGACGACUUAAACUGCUUGAUGCUCGGCAUCGGGAGAGUGUGUCCAACGGUGACGUGCCAAUGGGCUUAUUUGAUGAUCCUGUUGGGGUACAACGAAAUGUCCUUCUGGUCAAAAGUGUUGGGCAGCGAGAGUGCCGAUUACAUUGUCGCACACCCACGGCCAGGCGAGAAGAGAAUUACAUGCGAUUACAUUAACGGUGGUAUAAAUAUUCAGAUUGUCAGAAGAGGGGGAAUCAUAUUAUUCUGCGACUACAUAUGCGAGAAUCUCAAUGACGUGGAACCGCUGACAUGGCUGUUGGUCAAUCAUAUAAAAGAAGCCGUAGACAUCGCCGUCGAGUCUCCGGUAAGAGAUCUGCUAACCACGGCUAUACACAGAAACCCGGCGGCCAGCGGACUGUUAGUGCAAGCGAUAGCGACUAAAUGUACGAAUUUAUCGCGACCCAGUUUCAUAAAGCGUCUGCUACAGUGUAUUGAGGGUGCGCAUCAUUCGCAGAGCGGCGCGGUUAUAUUGACCCUGAUACCGAGACUCUUGUCCACCAAGUAUCUCGCUUUAUCGAGAAUGGCGGCGAAAAUCGCUAGCCGCAGAGUGGAGAUACUGUUGACCACCGGCGCGGAGGACGCAAUCGAUCAGUUGUCGAAAGACGAUCUCGUGAAGAUUAUGGAUACUCUGCAGACCACCAAACUGGCCAGAAAACAUGGCGGCUUGGUCAGCCUAUUAAAUAAGCUGGCCGUACAAUAUUACGAUUUGUCGCCGUUGGAGCUCGACCAGUGCAGACCGUUUAAUCCGUCCACCGUGAGGAGUAUUCAGUUAGAUCGGAAUUGGUUCCUGUCGCAAGUGAGAUUACGAUGCUGCCACGCUAGUGCCGGCAACAAUCCUAUGGAAUUAGCGCAGUUACUCAAGGACUUGGAUUUCGACGAUUGCUUGAGCGUUCUCUCUUGCAAAGAGUUCAAUCUGAAAAUUUUGAAACAUUGUAUAAUAUUGGGUGCCAGACUUAGCGUCGAGAAAUGCCAAGAGUUAGAAUUCGGACAAGCGCAAUGCGAGAAGGAUUUUCAUUUUAACGCGAGUCCUUUGUACAUCGCUGCCAAGCAGUGUUUACUGGAGCACAUUCACUAUAUCUGCGAACUCGUACCGAGACCGCAUCAAAUUUACAAUCCGGAGGCGGAAGGGAAUAACAGCGGGAAGGAACUGAAAUACGCUGCUAGAUUUUCCGAACUGCUGAGCGAUGCUCUGUAUUGGGAGAUCCUGUUCACGAUAAUCCCGAUCGUCAAUAUUUACAUGAAGACAUUACCGAAACUGGCCAAGUACAAUGUAGCGAAAAUCGAUGUGAGAUUUGAGGAGGAUAUCGCCAAGUUCUCCAUGUUGUGUCUCGAACUGGCACAUUGGAUGAUUUAUUCUGAUAGGCGAAACGUUCGUAGAUUGAAGCCGCAUGAUAUGGAUCUCGCGCUGAGUUGUGCAGCCGAGAUCUUGAGACACGCUGCUCCGAAUAAAAUUUUUGGGGACAGCACACGUUACACCUGGGUCUGUUCCGCGGCGAUUUCUUUGACUAGAGUCAUGGAAAAUGUAUUGACGACCAUGGAUCCUUUACCGGUUGUGGAUUCGCAGGCGUUAGAAUCGGCUCUCCGAGACGACGACACGAAGGAUUACGCUCGGGCAUGCAUCCAAAUGGCAUCGAUAGUAGCUUGGCUUGAAAAGCGUCAGGUAGAAGGCUUCUCCACAAGGGAUAUUCCGCCGUACUUAUUUAACACAAUAAAAUCGCUUGUCGUUAGCAUAAGUCGGCAGCCGUUGGUGAACUCUUAUAUCCUGACACCUCCGUUGGUGUGGAAACGCGGCUCAGGUCAUACUGUCGGCUCGGGUCCUACUAAGUGCUACUUUCCGCUGUUGUCGUCUGAGCCCAAUCUUCUGCAAGAGGUGGAUAUUCUAGAGCAAUUUAUUUAUCGGGUAAAUUUACUGGGCUGGAUCUCGAGGUCGCAAUUCGAGGAGAUUUGGAUGGCGUUCUUAAGCGUUCUCAACUUUCCGCAGAACGAGAACACGUCCAAGGAGGACGUAGCGGCUUUGAUUCAAGCGAGCGGCUUAGCGGUUCAAGCAAUAACAAGAUUGCUGUUACAGACGUUGUUGCUGCCGUGUCCUGGCAAUCCCGACGCCAGCAUUCUGAUUCAUCACCCGAGAGAUCCGCAGCUCUCCGUUCACAAAGUCAGUUCUCAGAAACUGUAUGCAAUACAGGAGUUACUCUUAUGGAAGUACGAGUACAUGAAUAACGCGGAAGGUAAAAACAGUUUGAGAUUGGACCACAUAUUCCGCAGAGGAAACGUAGAGAGAACCGCAAUGACAUCCGACAGAUUCACGUAUAGCCAAUUGUCAGUCUCCUACUUAUGGUCAUUGUGCAAUUUAUACGAAGACAAGUUGAACGCUUCCGUUCUCGACUUGAAGAACAGGAGAAACGACGCACUGAUGUCCGCGUCGCUUGAUCUAGAUUCGUGCCUGCGUUUCCUGAUUGAGCACUACACCAUCUGGAUGUCACCGCAGGCCAAGACACCGGUACAAUUGUUGACGGAGAUCGUCAAAUCUAUUCUGGCAAUCUCGGAACUUUUUUUGGAGAGAUCGCAGUAUCAAUGGAUGUUGGAUGUCUGUCUGGAAAUCUCAAGGAUACAUCCGACAGAGAACGCGAUUCUACAUCAAUAUCUGGCUAUUUCUACAUGUAAAGCCGCUGCAGUUUUAACGCCAUUGGAUUUGGAUACCUUGGAUAAGGUGAGACGCAUAGUGGAUAUUAAUUUAAAGUCUGGAUUCCUGGCCUCCAGAAUUUCCGCACUUCACGGCUCUCUGUAUCUGCUACAAAGCGCAGUACUGACUAAGUGCGAGGAAACGAUGAAUAUUAUACAUCCUCUAGCCAUCGAAUAUAUACAGAAGCACAUUGACUCACAAGAUUCAAAUAGCAUUUCAAGUCAAAGCGAGGAGCAUCAGGGAAUAAUGUGGGCUUUGGUGUUUUUCUUACUGGAACAUGCAGAGGAUACGCCGCCGGACGCGGAAGCACCGGCCGUGUUGGAAUUAGUCCUUUCUCUAGUCACGUCUCAGAAUCUCUCUUAUGGUUUACAUCAAAUGCUGCUGCAGGGUCUCGAGAGACUCGUGGCAACGAAGAGCGUAGUUGGCAAGGUUGCCGAACAAAUUGUCAAGAUCGCGAUAGACCGGCUGAAGCAACCGAGCCCAUUGCUGGCGCUACCGGCACUGCAGCUUCUACUGACAUGUAUGUAUACGGAGGCAGCCGAUCGAUUGAAUCGCCCCGAUGCCGAAGAACCGUUGCCGGACGUGGAGCCAGAGGCACUGGUCCGAUCCAUAGAGCGUAUAUCCGCGAUAUUCGACAAGAUCCGCAAAGGUCAUCCCAUGGAAGUGGAGGUGCUGUGCACGGUUCUGUCGAGCGUUCUCGGUGACUUCUUCCCGCCGUCGGAGAUCCUGACAAAGGUCAUAGGGGAAUUUCUGUCUCCGCAACAACCGCAUCCGAGAUUACUUUCUGCCGUUGUCUUUAAAGUCUGCGAGAAAGCGUGUACCUGCACGGAAAUGGAGCUCCUUCAAGACUGGGUGGUUUUCAGUUUACCAAAUUUCAUUCAAAGCUUGCCAAUGGCGAUGUCGACUUGGUGUUUGUCCUGUUUCUUUAUAAGCGCAUCGACGAAUCAUUGGUUGAGAGCUUUGUUUCCGUACGUUCAAUCGAGAAUAGGAAAGUAUGAGUAUGAAGAUAAGAAGAUGUUGUGUAUAGCUGCUUCAGACUUUUAUCACAAGCUAUCUAAGGAGUCGCAGAAAAAAGCGUUUGUCGAGACUUUUGAAGCAGCUGCUAAGGAACCUGGGACCCCCUUCAGUGAUAUUCUAGCAUCUUUUUAAUUGAUAUUAAUCAUAUAAUGUUGUGAGAAAAAUGUUCAAGAAAAUAUCAAAUCCAAACUGUAAAAAAUUGAUGUAUGCGAUUACUUGUGCGAUGUGUACGUGUAUAUACGCACGCACGUGUACAUUUGUAUGUAUGAUACGAUAUUUAUUUUGCAUUAUGCCCCGUCGAAAGAGAUAUGCAACUUGUUUUACAAUAAACAGUAUUUUUUAAGGAAA